UCACCAAGAACUUGACAUAAGAAAAGGAGAGGGAGCUAGAGAAGUAGUUACUAACUAGAGCUGAGUUCCUUCCAACAAUGGCGAUUUCUUCAUUACCUUUCACUAAACUCACAUUUUGCAUCUUCUUCAUAACCGUUUCCCUCCUGAAUCACCAGGCGCAGUCAGUGGCCCCCGAGGACUGUGGGGCUGAAAACAGCUCAUGCAUUAACAAGUCGGAGGCACAGCCUCUGAAGAUUAUUGCGAUCGUAGCGAUUCUAGUGACGAGCAUGAUUGGAGUAUGCGCCCCACUCUUCACCAAGGUCUUCCCUGCCCUGCAACCAGACAAGGACCUCUUUGUGAUAGUAAAGGCCUUUGCUGCUGGAAUCAUUCUUGGCACCGGCUUCAUGCACGUCCUCCCCGACUCAUUCGACAUGCUCACCUCUAGCUGCCUCUCAGAGAACCCAUGGUAUAAGUUCCCCUUUACGGGCUUUGUGGCCAUGCUCUCCGCCAUAGUGACCCUCAUGGUGGAUUCCCUUGCCACAAGCAUAUACAGCAAGAAGAGCCACGCGGGAAUUACCCCCGCGGGGUUGUCAGCUGAGCCAGACAGGGAGAUGGGAGUGAUUCCCGCCGGUCAUUUCCAUGGUCAUCACCAUGUUGCACCCAAGGGCGAGAUUGCAAAUUCCCAGCUACUUCGAUAUCGGGUUGUUGCAAUGGUACUGGAGUUGGGAAUAGUGGUUCACUCCGUGGUGAUAGGUCUAUCCUUGGGAGCCUCCAACAAUGUGUGCACUAUCAAAGGUCUUGUGGCUGCCCUUUGUUUCCACCAAAUGUUUGAGGGAAUGGGUCUCGGCGGCUGCAUCCUCCAGGCGGAAUAUAAGCUGAUGAAGAAGUUGGUGAUGGUGUUUUUCUUCUCUAUCACGACCCCACUUGGGAUUGCCAUCGGGAUGGGACUGUCCAAGGCUUACCGAGAGAACAGCCCAAACGCCCUCAUUACGGUUGGCAUCCUGAAUGCAUCCUCGGCUGGUCUUCUGAUCUAUAUGGCUCUAGUCGAUCUUCUUGCCUCGGAUUUUAUGGGUCCCAAACUGCAAGCCAGCGUCAAGCUCCAGAUAAAGUCAUAUGCGGCUGUGCUCUCGGGUGCUGGUGGCAUGUCGCUCAUGGCCAAAUGGGCGUAAUUAACAUCGUAUUUGGAGAAGCAACAAUAUGUACCAUUGUCAAUUACUCUAUGUACUUUCUCUCAUCUUGGUGAAGUUUCUUUACAUGUACACUCCCCUUGGUUUUGCAACAACUGCCAUAAUAAGUCUCUUUAGCCUUUAUGUCAUGGAUUUGUGGA